CAGAUGCAUGUUCCUGCUCUCUUCUCGGCUUCCAGCAGAAGGAUGGCUCCCUCCGAUCCCAUCUAUCCGCUUCUUCUCACUUUGAGGAGUUCAUAGCUGACUCGGUUCUGAAAGUCAUUUUCCCUUACCCCGUUUCUUCGAGCCACCUAGCCCUCCCUCUCAUCUCCUGAAGUUUCCCUGUAAAGGAUGGCUGGUCAACUGACUCAAGGAGGCGCUCUCUCCCUGCUGCUCUUCCUAAUGCCAGCAGUGACCCCAACAUGGUACACAGGGUCCGGCUACUCUCCAGAGGAAAGUUACAAUGAAGUAUAUGCAGAAGAGGUCCCAGCCACCCCCGCCCGCACCCUGGACUACCGAGUCCCCAGAUGGUGUUAUACAUUGAAUAUCCAGGAUGGAGAAGCCACAUGCUACUCACCAAGGGGAGGAAAUUAUCACAGUAGCCUAGGCACACGUUGUGAGCUCUCCUGUGACCGUGGCUUUCGACUGAUGGGACGGAGGUCGGUGCAAUGCUUGCCAAGCCGCCGUUGGUCUGGAACGGCCUACUGCAGGCAGAUGAGAUGCCACGCACUGCCAUUCAUCACUAGCGGCAGCUACACCUGCACAAACGGGGUGCUGCUUGAUUCCCGCUGUGACUAUAGCUGUGCCAGUGGCUACCACCUGGAAGGUGAUCGCAGUCGCAUCUGCAUGGAUGAUGGCCGAUGGAGUGGAGGCGAGCCUGUAUGUGUAGACAUAGAUCCACCCAAGAUCCGUUGUCCUCACUCACGUGAGAAGAUGGCAGAGCCAGAGAAACUAACCGCUCGCGUAUACUGGGACCCACCGUUGGUGAAAGAUUCUGCUGAUGGUACCAUCACCAGGGUGACACUUCGUGGCCCAGAGCCCGGUUCUCACUUUCCUGAAGGAGAGCAUGUGAUUCGUUACACUGCCUAUGACCGAGCCUACAACAGGGCCAGCUGCAAGUUCAUUGUAAAAGUACAAGUGAGACGCUGUCCGGUUCUGAAGCCACCACAGCAUGGCUACCUCACCUGCACCUCUGCGGGGGACAACUAUGGUGCCACCUGCGAAUACCACUGUGAUGGUGGCUAUGAACGCCAGGGCACCCCAUCCCGAGUCUGUCAGUCAAGUCGGCAGUGGUCAGGAUCACCACCUGUCUGUACUCCUAUGAAGAUUAAUGUCAAUGUCAACUCAGCUGCUGGCCUUCUAGAUCAGUUCUAUGAGAAACAGCGGCUUCUCAUAGUGUCAGCUCCCGAUCCUUCCAAUCGAUACUACAAAAUGCAGAUCUCCAUGCUGCAGCAAUCCACCUGUGGACUGGACCUGCGGCAUGUGACCAUUAUUGAGCUGGUGGGGCAACCACCUCAGGAGGUGGGGCGUAUCCGGGAGCAACAACUAUCAGCCGGCAUCAUUGAGGAGCUCAGGCAAUUCCAGCGCCUCACUCGUUCCUACUUCAACAUGGUGUUAAUUGACAAGCAGGGUAUUGACCGGGAACGCUACAUGGAACCUGUCACCCCUGAGGAAAUCUUCACAUUCAUCGAUGACUACCUGCUGAGCAACGAGGAGCUGGCCCGGCGUAGGGAGCAAAGGGACAUCUGCGAGUGACCUUGAGCCAGGAUGUGGCUGAGGUCAAGUGCAAGAGGUGCCCAACUGUCCUUUCCUGAGGAGGAAAUGUUUGCCCACAGUGUUGGGAGCAGGACUCAGGUGGGGGGGUGAGGUUUGCCAAAUCUAGUACAGCUCCAGACAUCAUUUUAGGGCAGAAUAUUCGUUUACCUAAGCAAGGCCCCACUUCAGGUAACACUGGAGGAACACACAAAAGUAGGUAGGGACUGAGAACAGGCCCUGGGCAAUGGGUUGGGGAUAGACGGGCUUCUCCUGACCACAGCCUCUGCUUAGUUCUCCAAAGUCUUUCAGAUAAGUAAAUCCUAAAUUCAUUCAUUU